AUGGCUCAGGAACGUGCUCCUCUCCGCCUUGGCUCUGUUGCCCCCAACUUCGAGACCGACACCUCCAACGGUCCUAUCACUUUCCACGACUUCAUCGGCGACAGCUGGGCUAUCCUCUUCUCUCACCCUGAUGAUUUCACUCCCAUCUGCACCACCGAGCUUGGUGCCUUCGCCAAGCUCGAGCCUGAGUUCACUGCUCGUGGCGUCAAGCUCAUCGGUCUGAGUGCCAACGGCACUGAGUCCCACCACGCCUGGAUCAAGGACAUCAACGAGGUCAACGGCUCCAACCUUACCUUCCCCAUUAUCUCCGACCCCGACCGCAAGAUCGCCUACUUGUACGACAUGGUGGACUACCAGGACACCACCAACGUUGACUCCAAGGGCAUGGCUCUCACCAUCCGCUCCGUCUUCAUCAUCGACCCCAGCAAGAAGAUCCGUUUGAUCAUGUCCUACCCCGCCUCUACUGGUCGUAACACCGCCGAGGUCCUCCGUGUUGUCGAUGCUCUGCAGACUACUGACAAGCACGGUGUCACUUGCCCCAUCAACUGGCUCCCUGGUGACGAUGUUGUCAUCCCUCCCCCCGUCUCCACCGAGGAUGCUCAGAAGAAGUUCGGCGAUGUCCGCAUCGUCAAGCCUUACCUGCGUUUCACCAACCUCAAGAAGGAGUAA